CGGGCUGGGUUCCUGAGGCGGAAGUUGCCCGGGCGGCUGGCGAGGGCCUGACUCCCGGAGGCCGGCGCCAUCAGCAGCUUCCGAAGACAGGCGGCAGAGGCCGAGAGGGAAUGGUGCCGCGGGGCGCCGGGAAAAAGGCGCCGUCCGUCCCUCUCAGGGUUAGUGCAUGAGGCGUUCCCGCCCGGGCCGGCCCGGGGACUCUUCGCUGCGGGUCCCAGCAUGAGCGCGGGCCCCGGCUGUGAGCCCUGCACCAAGAGACCGCGCUGGGGCGCCUCCGCGACUUCUCCGCCUGCCGCUUCUGACGCCCCCCGGAGUUUCCCCGGCAGGCAGAGGCGCGUCCCCGACCCCAAGGACGCUCCCGUGCGGUCGAGGGUCCCACGGUCCUCGCCAGGCUGCAUCCCGGGGCGGGCGGGACCGCUCCGAGGCAGCGCCACCUCGCUUGUUUCCAGACAGAAGACUAUUACCAGUUGGAUGGACACUAAAGGAAUCAAGACAACAGAGUCGGAAAGUUUGCAUAGUAAAGAAAACAACAACACAAGAGUAGAAUCCAUGACGAGUUCUGUGCAAAAAGACAACUUUUAUCAACAUAAUAUGGAAAAAUUAGAAAAUGUCUCUCAACUAAGUCUAGAUAAAUCAUCGGUUGAAAAAGGUACACAGUAUUUGAACCAGCAUCAGACUGCAGCUAUGUGCAAAUGGCAAAACGAAGGAAAACAUACAGAACAGCUUUUGGAAAGUGACCCUCCAGUAGUCACACUGGUGCCAGAGCAAUUCAGUAAUGCUAAUGUUGGUCAGUCACCCCAAAAUGAUGAUCCCAGUGACACAGAGAGUGAGGAAAGUAGGGAUAAUCAACAAUUUUUGACUGGUAAGCUUACAAAGCAGAGUAUAGAAUAUGAACAGGUCAUAGAAGACAGAAGUCAACAGAAAUGUAGCAAGUCUUGCCAUCCUGUGGAAGAGUGUGUAGGUUGUGAGUCAGAAGAGAUAGAUGUGGGACCAGAGAGUCCUUUGUCAGACAUUGAUGAUGUUGGUACUGGACUGAAAAAUGCCAAUAAAUUGAGUAGACAAGAAAGUAGUUUAGGGAAUUCUCCAUUUGAGAAGGAAAGUGAACCUGAGUCUCCAAUGGAUGUAGAUAAUUCCAAAUAUAGUUGUCAGGACUCGGAAGCAGAUGAAGAGACAAGUCCAGGUUUUGAUGAACAUGAAGAGAGCAGUUCCUCUCAAAUAGCAAAUAAAUCAAGGUUCCAAGCAAGGGAAGCUGACACUGAGUUGAGAAAACGGUCUUCUGCUAAGGGAGGGGAAAUGAGACUACAUUUCCAAUUUGAAGGAGGAGAGAGUCGUACCGGCAUAAAUGAUUUAAACACCAAAGCACCUGGAAACACUUCCAGUAUGAAUAUGGAAUGCAGAAGCUCCAAGCUGCAUGGAAAAAAGGAUUCUAAAAUCACAGAUCAUUUCAUGCGAAUACCCAAAGCAGAGGACAAAAGAAAAGAACAGUGUGAAAUCAAACAUCAAAGAGCAGAAAGGAAGAUCCCUAAAUACAUUCCACCUCACCUUUCUCCAGAUAAGAAAUGGCUUGGAACUCCUAUUGAGGAGAUGAGAAGAAUGCCUAGAUGCGGGAUCCGGCUGCCUCUUUUGAGACCAUCUGCCAAUCAUACAGUAACUGUUAGGGUAGAUCUUUUACGGGCGGGAGAAGUUCCUAAACCCUUUCCAACACACUUUAAGGAUUUGUGGGACAAUAAACAUGUUAAGAUGCCUUGUUCAGAACAAAACUUGUAUCCUGUGGAAGAUGAGAAUGGUGAGCGAACUGCAGGAAGCCGGUGGGAGCUCAUUCAGACUGCACUUCUCAGUGAAUUCACACGACCCCAGAACCUAAAGGAAGCUAUUCUGAAAUAUAAUGUGGCAUAUUCGAAGAAAUGGGACUUUACUGCUUUGGUUGAUUUCUGGGAUAAGGUAUUGGAAGAAGCAGAAGCUCAACAUUUAUAUCAGUCCAUUUUGCCUGAUAUGGUAAAGAUUGCACUCUCUCUACCUAAUAUUUGCACUCAGCCAAUACCACUCCUGAAACAGAAGAUGAAUCAUUCCAUCACAAUGUCACAGCAACAAAUUGCCAGUCUUUUAGCUAAUGCUUUCUUCUGCACAUUUCCACGGCGAAAUGCUAAAAUGAAAUCGGAGUAUUCUAGUUACCCAGACAUUAACUUCAAUAGAUUGUUUGAAGGACGCUCAUCACGGAAACCAGAGAAGCUUAAGACACUCUUCUGCUACUUUAGAAGAGUCACAGAAAAAAAACCUACUGGGUUGGUGACAUUUACAAGACAAAGUCUUGAAGAUUUUCCAGAGUGGGAAAGAUGUGAAAAAACCCUAACUCGAUUACAUGUCACUUAUGAAGGUACUAUAGAAGGAAAUGGUCAAGGCAUGCUGCAGGUGGAUUUUGCAAACCGUUUUGUAGGAGGUGGUGUAACUGGUGCCGGACUAGUACAAGAAGAAAUUCGCUUUCUAAUCAAUCCUGAAUUGAUUGUUUCCCGACUCUUCACUGAGGUUCUGGAUCACAAUGAAUGUCUUAUCAUCACAGGUACUGAACAGUACAGUGAAUACACAGGCUAUGCUGAAACUUAUCGUUGGGCUCGGAGUCAUGAAGAUGGGAGUGAAAAGGAUGACUGGCAGCGUCGUGGCACAGAAAUAGUCGCUAUUGAUGCCCUUCACUUCAGACGUUACCUCGACCAGUUUGUGCCAGAGAAAAUCAGACGUGAACUUAACAAGGCUUACUGUGGAUUUCUUCGUCCUGGAGUUUCUUCAGAGAAUCUUUCUGCAGUGGCCACAGGAAAUUGGGGGUGUGGUGCCUUUGGGGGUGAUGCAAGAUUAAAAGCCUUAAUACAGAUACUGGCAGCAGCCGUAGCUGAGCGAGAUGUGGUUUAUUUUACCUUUGGGGACUCAGAAUUGAUGAGAGACAUUUACAGCAUGCACACUUUCCUUACUGAAAGGAAACUGACUGUUGGAGAAGUAUAUAAAUUGUUGCUCCGAUAUUACAAUGAAGAAUGCAGAAACUGUUCUACCCCUGGACCAGAUAUCAAGCUUUAUCCAUUCAUAUACCACACUGUUGAAUCCUGUGCAGAGAGUACCAAUCAGCCAGGACAAAGGACUGGUGCCUGAGAAACUGAGCAAAUAAAACCACCUUCCACCAUUCAUCGGACACAUCUUGUUUGAAUUGUCAAGUGUAAUAUAUGAACUGACUUAUCUUAAUAUAAAUGUGUAUACAAUCCACAUUUGUAGUUAAAGAUGCAUUCCUUACUCCAUACUUAACAAUUACCAAUUUGUACACUUAAAACCUCCCCAUCUUGACUUAUUCAGGCUUAGAUAUAUUUUUUCUGUUUUUAUUUCUAUUCAUUAUUUGACUUUUCUUUUUUUAUGCCCAUGAGAUUUCUUAUGAAAUCCCAUGAAGGUUGUGCUCAGCCUACCAAGUCUCUUUCUUUGCCUAUAUGUUAUAUAAAUUUCACCACUGCUGGAAGAUGCCAGUGGUGCCAGGGAAGAAGUUGAAAUCCAAAGACUCUUUAUUUGGUUUAUAAAUAAAGACCCUGUGGGGGUCGUAGUGAUAGGUACAAUGGAUAGGGUGUUUGUCUUGCACACAGGCCAACUCAGGUUCAAUUGGCCUCAGCAUCCCCUAUGGUCCCCCAAGCUCACCAGGAGUGAUUCCUGAGUUCAGAACCAGGAGUAAGUAACUCCUGAGCAUCACUGGGUGUGAUCCAAAAACCAUUUAAAAAAAAAAAAAAGAAAAGAAAAUGUUCCUGUGAAGACUUUCACUCAAUUCUUGUUAUGAUUGUGCUAUUUUGAGUUUUUAGAUUUUAAAAAUAAAGAAUCUUCCCCCCUAUGUGUUACAUAAUGCAUAUUUGAUAGGGUAAGACUAUUAUUUAAAACAAUUUCUACAAAAAGUUCUUUUGAGACAUCAUCUUUAUUUGUAAUGGUUUAUCCUUUUUUUCCCUGAUCAAUUUUUAUUGGAAAUUGACCAAGAUGAAUGGAAAUGUAGUUUCCCAUAUGGUUCAAAAAUGUUUAUAUUCAAGAGAGUUGAAGGGUAUUUUUCUUUGUUUAUUUCUUUGGAUUUUUUUUUCCCCAGUUAGGGUUACUGUUUGUUCCCUGGUGCUUGAGGCAUAUUCAUAUCCAGUUUAGAAACUGGAAACUUCAUGCUGAUCUGUACAUACUGACGUUUCUUUAGUAGUCAAAGGUUAUAGAG